UCUUUACGUACGGCAAAAUGCAGGUCACUCACGUCGUCUUGCUCGAGUUCAAGGCUGAUGCUGCCCCUGAGGUCAGGGCAGAUGUUGCAAGCCAAGUCAAGACCCUUCGCGAAUCCUGCAUCCAUCCCGAAACGGGCAAACCUUACAUUCUCUCCAUGAAAGCCGGCGUUGAUGUCUCCAUCGAGGGUCUUAACAAUGGCAUCAGCCAUGCAUUCGUCUCUGUGUUCGAGAAUACGGCCGACCGCGACUACUUUGUGAACAAGGACCCGGCUCAUAUUGCCGUUGUGCAGAACGUCAAGGAGCAUUUGGCCAAGGUGCAGGUGGUGGACUUUAUUGAUGGGAAGCUUAUCUAGAUCCCCUCCAUGUGGCUAUGUGGCUGGUUAAGUAAAAACGAGUUUGACCAAGGACUAAGCAGGUGGAAAUAACAGUGUCUUUUCCCGCUACAAGCACACAGAACUGCCAUCCGUGG